CUGGGCUUCGUGCUCUUGAUAUAAAUAGUAACCAUUUGCAAUACUUGGACGUAUAGGUCCUUUACUUUUAAUUGUUGAUUGUAUUACCUGGUGUGAUUUACACCAUGGCUAGCAACGUGCAAUCCAAAUUUUGGGGUGAGGAUUCUGAUGAUUCCUAUUCGGAUUCCUCUGGUUAUUCUAGUGAGGUUAGUGAGCGUGAUGCUCAGAAGCGUCCUGGUGCCGCCGCUGCUUGGGUUGCCAGUGACAGUUCCAGUGAUGAUGACGAGAACCGUGUUGUGAAGAGUGCCAGGGCGAAGGCUCUGGAAGCUAUCCAGAACAUUGGAAAAGCCUUGGACCAUCACAAGACCAUUAGUGACUACUCUGAGGUGUUGAAGGACUAUGACAACCUUGCAAGGCUUGUUGAGAAGCAAUAUUCUAGGGGCCGUAUUCCAAAGCUGAUUGUCCAGAUUAUAGUGGAGCUUCAGGAGUUUAUCGAUGAAAAGCAGAAGGACAAGGACUCCUUGAAGAAGAUGUCUAAAGCUCGUUCAAUAUCAUUUAACACUUUGAAAUCGAGGCUUCGUAAAUUUAAUGAGCAAUACGCUGCAGUCGUUGAUGAGUAUAACAAGGACCCUUCUUCUUACGUUGAUAUCUUGAAGGAGUCAUCUGACGAGGAUUAUGACUCCGAUGAUAUGGAUGACAGUGAUGAUGAUGAUGAAGACACUGAGGAGAGCAGCGAAGAAUCAUCUGUUGAGGAAGAGUCAGCAUCUGAAGAUGAAAGCGAGCAGGCAUCAGCUGUAGAUGCUGAGGAUGACGAUGGUGGUGACGAGGACAGUGAAGAGGACUCUGAUUACUCUGACUGGUCUGAUUCGGACGCCUCCAGCAUUUCAGACGCUGACGCUGGUGACAAGCACAAGUCAGCUUUGGCUAAAUGGGGAGUUAAAAAGGUGGACUCCGCCCCCAAAGUCCAGAAGCCGAAGGUUGCAUCUAAGAAACCCAAGGGCAAGGUAGUUAAGAAGAAGGAAGAACGUCCUGUUGUACCUUCUGGUGUUGGUAUAAUGCAUACUGUAAGUCAGGUAGCUGACGUCAUCGUUCCUAUUCUUGAGAAGGCUGAUUUAGGUGCCGCUGACAAUCCGUUCUCUUUGUCUACACCAGAGAUUAAUGCUGUUAUCAGCCAGGUUAUGGUAUCAGCUGACAGUGUCCGAUCGUAUGUCAAAUCAAUUGUUGAGCGUCGUGGUAAGCGUGGUGGCAACACUGCUGAGACCAUCCGUCACUUGAAGGUUUUACCAUACAUUGCCAAGGGCAUAUCACAUUCGCUAUAUAUCUUUGUUGUAGAGACAUUGCUCCACAUUGAGUUCGACAGUUACUCGAAUGCCUAUGGUGCCAUGACUCCCAAACAGUGGAUAGAUUCAUAUCGUAUAGUAUCUCACUUGAUUGACGAAUUGCGUCGUCACCCGCAUGCUCUGCUAUCUUCUGAGACUAUUGAAUCUGAUGAUCCCAAUGGAGCAGAGUCUCCCAAUGAGCGUGAUCCCGCGAAUGCUGGAGUAUCCCGUGAAGAGCGUAUCCAACGCUCAAUGACAAUUCUUGAGUCGGUAGUCCGCAAGUUGAAUGACGAGCUCUAUAAGGGUUUGCUAUAUAUCGAGGUUGGCAGUGACGAUUACAACACUAUGUUGGUAUACAACGUGAACAUGCUGUAUCUGCUUCACAAGACCUUGUUAUAUUGUUUAAGCAAGGGCAAGGAAACCAUUACCCACGCCGCUAACAUAGCUAUUAUAAUGCUAGAGCACUUACAUUACAAGGACGAUGUGGUAUCUGGCAAGAUUUGGGAGUUGGUCAGGCAGAAGGUAACUGACGAAGAGCAGUUUAAGGUAUACUUCCCUGAUGAUAACAAGAAAGCUUCUGAUAUUGUUGAGGAGUUAGCUUAUUUUGUCUUUGAGCACGGUUCACCUCGUGAAAAAAUUCGUGCAUGCUUAUACCUUGCGUUUAACAAGUCUUUGCAUGGUUUGUACUACGAAGCUAAGGACUUACUGUUGACUCCUAACAUACAUGACCUUGCUAUGGAGACUAGCAUAACCACCCAGAUAUUGUUAAAUCGCAACAUUGCUCAACUUGGUAUUUGUGCUUUUAGGAAGGGCUUAAUAAGCGAGGCUCACUCGUACUUAAUGGACCUCUGUUCUCAGAACCGUCACAAGGAAUUACUAGCCCAGGGUCUCUCUAUGGUCAAAGGUCAUGAGAAGCCUCCAGAGCAGGAGCGUGCUGAGAAGCGCAGGUUGUUACCUUAUCACAUGCAUUUGAACAUUGAGUUGAUAGAGACUGUGAACAACAUUUGUGCUUGUUUGCUGGAGUCAGCCAACUUGGCUAAAUCGUCGUUAAACAGUCGCGAGAUCAUAUCACGUCAAUUCCGUCGUAUGUACGAGAUGCAUGAGAAACAGGUCUUCAUGGGCCCUCCUGAGAACAACCGUGAUGUUGUGAUGUCAACAUUCAGGCACUUACAGAACGGUAAUUGGAAGGAGUGCUACGACCUACUUGCUGGUCUUACAAUAUGGAACCGCUUACCUGACCGUGAGGAGGUAUUGCAAAUUCUGAAGGACCGCAUUAAGGUUGAGGCCUUUAAUACAUACAUCUUCAAGUAUGUACCCGUCUACGACUCGUUCUCGGUUGAUCAAUUAUCCAGUAUGUUCGAUUUGGAUAAUAAUGUUAUCCACUCAUUACUGAGUAAGAUGAUUAUCACUGGUGAUAUACAUGCUACUUGGGACGACAGUAGUAAAUACUGCUUGAUCAACCACACUGAACCCACUGACCUACAGAAAUGUGCCAUUAAGCUGGCAGAGAAUCUAACGACUGCUGUUGAGCAGAACGAGAUGACAUUGAACAUGAAGAACCCGAAAUUCGCCUUAUCUCAGGACCGCAGGUUCCAAACUCGUGAAAACAAGUUUUCGUAUGGCCGCAGUCGUGACGACCGUCACCAUGCAGCUCCUACGUUUAACCGCAAUCGUCGUCCUAUUCAAGGCGCCCGCCUACACAGAUAAGGCAAUAAUUGACUACCAAGCACAAAGUGC